AUGGACUUCGUGGUAGGAUUGCCAUGGACUUUGGGUAAGUUUGACUCUAUCUGGGUGAUUGUGGAUCGUUUGACUAAGUCAGCUCAUUUCAUUCCUAUUCAGACAACUUAUACUUCUGAGAAGUUGCCUAAGAUCUAUAUUCGUGAGAUUCUUCAUUUGCAUAGAGUGCCCGUUUCCAUCAUUUCUAAUAGAGGGCCUCGGUUCACCUCUCAUUUCUUGAAGAGCUUGCAACAGGAGUUGGGUACUCGAGUUGAGUUGAGCAUAACAUUUCACCCCCAUACUGAUGAUUUGCUUAGAGAUUCGUUGGAUAAAGUGAAGAUUAUUCAGGAGAGGCUUCUCACUGCUCAGAGUCGGCAAAAGAGUUACGUAGACUGGAGAGUUCAUGAUUCAGUGUUCAUGGUGGGUGAUCAGGUUUUGCUUAAGGUUUCACCCAUGAAAGGUGUAAUGCGAUGUGGUAAGAAAGGGGAGUUAAGUCCUCGGUACAUUGGCCCUUUUGAGAUUAUUCAGAGAGUUGGGGAUGCUGCUUAUGAGUUAGCACUACCUCUCGGUUUAUCGAGCGUUCAUCCGGUAUUCUAUGUUUCGAUGCUCAAGAAGUAUGUUUCGGAUGGUUCUCAUGUGAUUAGAUGGGAUUCGGUGAUGCUUGAUCAGAAUUUGUCCUAUGAGGAGGAGCCAAUUGCUAUCUUGGACAAUCAGAUUCGCAACUUGACAUCCAAAGAAAUUGUUUAUGUGAAGGUUCAGUGGAGUGGUCGUCCGGUGGAGGAGGCUACUUGGGAGAUCGAGUUGGAUAUGAGGGCGAGGUACCCUUAG